AUGGUUGGCGCAAUCCUGCAGAUCUUCGCCUUCCAUCUCCCACAAAUGAUCAUUGGUCGUCUGAUCAAUGGUUUCGGAAUGGGCAUCAUCACUUCCAUUGUUCCAGUAUACCAGUCGGAAUGCGCAAAGCCCCAAACACGGGGUCGUCUGGUGAUCCUCGCAAAUAUCAGCAACUCACUUGCUUUCUGCUUGGCUAACUGGAUCAACUUCGCGCUCUACUUCCAUGGCGGGGCUUUCCAAUGGCGGUUCCCGCUUGCGUUUCAGCUCGUUUUCGCAUUCGUGUCCAUACCGAUCAUCACCAAUUUGCCGGAAACCCCGAGAUGGCUGAUGCUGCGGGGAAGGUCAGACGAGGCUAUCCAAGUGAUUGCCAGACUAGAGGGCGCAAAUGUGUCGGAGAAUGACCCUGCUGUCAUCGCCACGCACAGAUCAAUCAUGGCGGCGAUCGAGGAGGAGAAGCGGGCUCGCAUGCCGGCAAGAGAUGUUUUGCUGUUCAGAGACGAAACACAGAAUUUUCGACGUGUGCUGCUUUCAUGCGGGACGCAGCUGAUGCAGCAGUUUAGCGGAGUGAAUGCCCUGGGGUACUACUUACCCACGCUUCUCCAGGAAAGUGUUGGGUUUGACGAGCGGAAAAGUAGACUCCUCACUGCCUGCAACUCCACGUCUUACUUUGGCGCAUCCUUAGUAUGCUUGUAUAUAAUCGACAUGGCGGGUCGUAGAAAGCUAAUGCUUUACGGCGCUCUGACGGCUGGAUCUUGUUACGUCGUUGCAGCAAUUUGUUUGAAGAUGGCGGAUUUGCAUCCAGAAUCGAAAUACGGGCUUGGUUCCGCUACCACAGCAAUGUUCUUCCUUUACUACGCCUUUUACGGCACGAGCUUUGCGAAGGUACCUUGGGUAUACAACUCGGAGAUCAAUUCUCUCGGCUGGAGAACUCGCGGGGCCGCUGCAGCCACAGCCACCAAUUGGAUGGCAUCUUUCAUCGUCACGCAAUUCACCAAAGUUGGCGUGCAGAAUCUCGGAUGGGGAUUCUAUCUCCUUUUUGCGUGUUUCCUCUAUUCCUAUUUCCCCAUCAUAUGGGCCCUUUAUCCUGAGACCACCCAACGCACGCUUGAAGACAUGGACGAGAUAUUCAAGAGAAACCCAGGGAUCUUCGUAUUUGGCGAUAAAGACCUCACGCAGCGUGCUAGGCCUGGUGAAUUCGUAGAAGCUGAGAAUACGCGGGUUCGGCAAGCUGCUGAAGAGCAAGAUACGACAUCAACAGGCAUUAAGGGUGCCUGA